AUGCCGCAACACAACCGCGUCCAGACGUCGGCGUCUCUCAGCACCCACGGCAUCUGGCAAAACGCCAUUGGGCACGAUCCGUACGCCGGAGAUGUGGACAAGGCAAAGGCGGAGACGAGCGCCGCUGCUGGCGGCGACAGCAGCGCGUACGAUAACAUGAAGGACCUUUUCGCUCUCGCGCGGCAGCAGGGGAGGCUGGCGGCUGACGACACGCGCGGCGGGUGGAAGGGGCAGGGCAAGCUGGGCUGGAAGGCGGGCGGGAACUGGGUGUCCGGCAAGGACCUGGGCGAGGUAUCUCCCGAGCGCAAGGCGGCCGCAGACGACGACAUGCCCUCGUCGACCUCGUCGUGGUCCGACAUGUCCGACACCGAGUAUGCUGGGUUCGCGUUUUCGGAAAAGCUAAACAUGCGUCUAUCAUACAUAGUGCCGCCCUUCUCUUAA